CACAGUCUUUCUUUUCAGAGCAGCUCGACGAUGGAGCAGGCAGCUGUCGGCACCGAAACACCGGCGGAGGUAAACAACAGCCCGGUGUCAUUGGAGGGAGUCACGGUGAAAGACGCCACAGUGACCGGCAAACGCAAAAGCGACGAGCCGGACAACCCCGAGACGAGUGGCCGGGGGAAGAGGCGCAGAGGAGCCGGAGGAAAGAAGCUCCGCCCGGGCGAGAGGUACAUCCCUCCGCCGCAGAAGAGGAACCCCGGUGUCAGCUUCAGCCAGGAGCACUUCGACGAGACCUCUUAUUACUUUGAAGGUGGCCUUCGUAAAGUUCACCCAUAUUACUUUGACUUUAAAACCUACUGCAAAGGUCGAUGGAUAGGGAAGACCCUUCUGGAGGUGUUCAAGAGCGAGUUCAGAGCUGAGUCCAUAGAGUAUUACCAGAAAGCUGCAAAAGAGGGCCGCAUCCGGCUGAAUGAGACCCCUGUGGAGGACCUGUCUGUGGUGCUCAGGAAUAAUGACCAUAUGAGGAACACUGUGCACCGCCAUGAGCCGCCUGUUGUCGGCAGACCCCUGGAGGUUUUGGUGGAUGAUGGUGAGGUGCUUGUGGUUGACAAGCCUGCCUCCAUUCCAGUCCACCCCUGUGGCCGUUUCCGUCACAACACAGUGAUUUUCAUUCUGGGUAAAGAGCGAGGCAUCUCUGAGCUGCAUACAGUCCACAGACUGGACAGACUCACCUCUGGAGUGCUGCUGUUCGCCAGGACACUGGAGACAUCAAAGAAACUGGACCAGUUGGUGAGAGACAGACAGCUUGAAAAGGAGUAUGUGUGCCGAGUGGAAGGGGAGUUUCCAGAGACUGAGCUGGUCUGCGAGGAACCCAUCCUGGUCGUUUCCUUUAAAAUUGGUCUCUGUCGCGUUGACCCCAAGGGAAAGGAGUGCCGAACCGUCUUCCAGAGGCUUAGCUUUGACGGAAAAUCCAGCGUGGUCCGCUGUUUACCCCUUACUGGCCGCACACACCAGAUCAGAGUGCACCUUCAGUACCUGGGCUUCCCCAUCAUCAAUGAUCCCAUCUAUGGAUCCUCAGCCUGGGGCCCUCACAGGGGGAAGGGGGGACUGGUGGGAAAGAGUGAUGAGGAGCUGCUGCGGGCUCUGGUGGAGGAACAUCAAAGUCAGGAAAGCCUGCACCUGCUGGACAUACCUGAUGGCAGCAUUGAAAGUGUACAAGAGGCAGCGAAAAACAAGACACCUGAGAAAACGGAUAGGAUAGAAGACUCCUGUGAACCUGACAAGAGUGGAGAAAAUCAUGAGACACAGACAGAUGUGUGUGGUGGUGACAAAAAGCCAGAUGCACAGGUGGCGACAGAUUGUAGCUCUGGCAGCGAGACAGUGAAUGAGGUGAGUCACAGCACCAGCUGCACAGACCUGAACAGUAACAAUACCUCACUCAAAGAAUCUCAAAGCCCUCUACCAAACAAUCAAAGAGAGGAAACCGACUCUACUCAGAAAACCCCUCGAGUGGCAAGAGACAAGCUGUGUAGUGAAUGUAAGCUAGUGCGACCAGACCCCACAGAGAAGGAACUCAUCAUGUAUCUCCAUGCUUUACGCUACAAAGGACCAGAUUUUGAAUAUUCUACACGUUUACCUGAUUGGGCCAAAGAGGACUGGGUUGAAGAUGAUUAGAGCCAAACUGAUGAACUGCUGAUGAUUUAUGAGGGUAUUUAGGCUACUGCUGUCAUGCACGUUUAUCAAACACUUUGCAGUAUGGACUGAAAUCCAGUUUUGAUUUACUGUGAUGCAUUUCUGUUUAUAAUUUAGUAACUUCUCUGGAGGUGGUAACAAAUGCCUCAAAAUAAUUGAUGAUUAUGAAAUGUGUUUAGCAUACUCUGUUUUUUCUAGAACUGAGCAUGUAGAUAUAUAUUUCCUUUUCUGGAAGGUCUGCCUUAAGCAUAAAUUCAAUAUGGAAUUGGAUUCCCUCUCAUUUUACUUUGGUUUUAAUGUCAAGAAUACAGAUUUAAUUUAAAGCUCCCUUCCAGACAUGUUUAAAGACAUAAAAACACCCUGCUUGGAAUAAUAA